AUGGCAGCAAUCUCCCGCAAGCGACGACGCCAGCCGCAGGCAGAUUCGGAGACAACUGGUCUGCUGGGCCACAAUGGCCUCGAUCAACGCUCGCGGAAAAAGCGGAAGAUCUCUCACACUCAGGCUAGAACAACGGCCGUUGAGGACGACCACGUUGUGGAAAGCCACGUUGGUCCAUCGAGCCGCACUCGUAUCACCCUUCGCCUUCGGGGACGGCAUCAGCCGUUAGAGGGUACAGAGAGGACCAUGUGUGGUGUCUCGGAACCUCAAUGCUCGCGCCCUGGAACUAUGGACCAGGACGACGCCUUCAAGAAGGAAGCCAUCCGCCAGGACUGGCUGCGAAGACUGCGUCCUAGGCCAACGCGUGCCGCGUGUGGAGUCUAG